AUGAAGUGCACCGUUCCGCUCAUCCUCGUUUUCCUCAGCCGUGUUGAGGACGUGAGGGGUCAUGCCAGACUCAUCGAGCCUCCAUCGAGGAAUACUCUGUGGCGAUUCGGAUACAACGCACCGGCCAAUUUCGAGGACUCAGAACUCUUCUGCGGUGGAAUCAAGGUUCAGUGGACGGACAACCAAGGCAAAUGCGGCGUUUGCGGGGAUAGUUAUUCAGAGAAACGACCUCGACGACAUGAGACUGGAUCGCUCUAUGAUAGGAACCUCACCGUGAGGACUUACUCGCCCGGAGAAGACGUCGUCCUGAUCGUCGACGUAGUCGCCAACCAUCUCGGAUACUUCGAGUUCGCCCUCUGUCCGCGCAACGACAGUACUCCCGAAACCGACGACUGCUUCACAAACCUCAGGGUGAAGUCCCUGAAUUCCACUGAGAUUUUCGUGGAGGAAGAUAACCUGCGAUAUCGACUGAAGAGCGAUCGGAAGGGAUUAUUCUACUUGGCUGCCACGCUCCCGAAAGGGGUCACCUGCACAAAAUGCAUCCUCCGAUGGCAUUGGAGGUCCGCCAACAACUGGGGCACCUGCGAAGACGGAAGUCAAGCGACAGGAUGCGGACCUCAGGAAACAUACAGAAACUGCGCUGACGUCGCUAUCGGCUCCCUCUUCAUGGGCGUACGUGGAGGCCAGGGAGCGAACGUUGUCCCUCCUAAGCAAAAGAUUCCACCGACAAGGGAAUACGAAAUGCUUCUAGCCGACAAAUAUCACACUAGCAGCGAGAGUAGAUUGGGACCCUUCGGAGACCUGAAGAUAAUUCAUAUCAAACAUGAAUGA